CGACGAUCCGAGCUUCAUUCUACCAAUAACAGCGAGCCCGCGUGUGCGGACGCUGCGCUCGCGAACCGGUCAACACGUGAAAAAAAAACCGCCGUUCCAUUUUCAAAAGUGUUCGAAAACUUUUCGUGUUUCGUUGUGCGUAUGUUUGAGUGAUUUGUUUAUUGUCAAGCCGGCAACAUGGGAACUUUUAAAACGCUUAGGCGUGGUAUCCUGCUGCUAGUAUUAUCGUCAUGUGCGCUGGCGCAGAGCAAGUCAGACGACUUGCAGGCAGUACCCAGCGAUCUGAGGAGAGCAGUCAGCGAGGCGCUCGCUCUUGAGAGACGGUUCCUACAGGGGGCUAGAGAUGAAAACUGCUCAUCAGCGGAAGACUCCGUCAGCAACACGCCGUGUCCGCCGAGCAAGUACCGUAGUGCAUCUGGCGAAUGCAACAACGUGCGUCACCGACCGUGGGGCAGGCGCGGGGACGUGUUCCUACGACUGCUGCCCGCCAAUUACGCUGACGAUGUCUCCAAGCCAAUGGAGCCGCCGCGGCUACCAGAGCCGGCGCUGGCGGUGCGGGCAGCGGCCCAGCUGACGCAGCCAGCUGACCAUGACUACGUGACCAGCAUGCUGGCCGCCUGGGGCCAGCUGCUGAUGGACGACCUGAUCGCCACCGUCAACGGGAACAAGGACUGCCAUGGGGGUCACUGUGAGUACGUCCGAUCUGCGCCGACCAGAAACAUCGAUUCUUGUGGAUUUGAGUCUCGUGACCAGAUGAACAUGGCGACGGCCUUCCUGGAUGGAUCAGCUCUAUACGGCAGCUCAGAGAAGGAACUGCGGUCUCUGCGAUUAUACGACGUCGGAAAACUUGAUCUCGCUUCUUGCAGGAAAUGCAACGAACCCACCCCAACCGCACCCCUCUACAAGGCCCUGGUGGCUGAACACAACCGCGUGGCCGGACAGCUGUACGCCAUGAAUCCCUUCUGGGACGACACCACGCUGUUCCUGGAGACACGGCGAGUUAUCGCUGCUGUUAUACAGCAUAUCACGUUUAAUGAGUUCCUGCCUGUUCUUCUUGGAGAGGUGGGCAUGGCUAAGGCUGAGCUGAAACUGACUUCCCUUGGGUUCUGGCGAGGCUACUCCAGCGCCAACCGCGCCGGAGCCUACUCCGAGCUGGUGGCCGUCGCUCCUGUCUUCGAAGCCAUGAUGAACGAGAAACUGAUCAACGCGACCAUAACCGUCAAAGACCUAGCCGACACUAGCGCAUACCGCGUCUCUCGCUUCACAUUUUCAGCUACUUGGGACCUGAACAGGUCUCGUGACCAUGGAGUGUCCUCGUACCUUCGGGCCCUCAGGCUGUGUGAACCUACUGCUGGAGUCAAGUCUUAUGCGGACUUUGACAAGCUGGGCUUCGAUCGCGCUGAACAGGAAAUGCUGGCGAGCAUGUAUAGAAACCCAGAAGAUGUGGAGCUGAUGAUCGGUGGUUCCUUGGAAAAAGCAGCGUCCGGGGCAGUCAUCGGAUCCACUAUGGCCUGUGUUCUGGCACUCCAAUUCGCUAACCUUAAGAAGAGCGACAGAUUUUGGUAUGAAAACGACAUCCCUCCCUCUUCGCUGCUGCCGGAGCAAUUGGCAGCCAUCAGAAAAGUAUCUCUGUCUGGACUGCUAUGUUCCGUCGAUGAUUCCUUGAGCGAAAUACAACCCAAGGCGUUCGUCAAAAAGGAUCCUUUCCUAAACGCAGCCCAAGACUGCUCGCAGCACGGCCGCAUGGAACUCGAAGCGUGGCGCGACGAAAGCGGAGCUAAAGCCGCCGAGCGACUAUCUCAGGACAUGCUAGCUGCUGCCCUGGAGAAGGCCAAGCAGGAGAUGGCUGAUAGGAAGAAACUAGAGUACAUGCUAUGGGAAGCACGUGGUGGAGCUGACCCCCACUCUCCCGUCGGUACCGCUGCCUCGUUCUCCAAAGCCAACAAAUAUGCUCUGAAGCUGGCCAACACUUCACUGUUCUUCGAGUUUGCGACCAACGAACUGCUUAACUCCAUCAACGGACCUGGUCACCGCCGAAAGCGUCAAGUUUUCGACGACUCCCUCGGCUUCCCAACCUCCACCGACUUCGCUGACGCCCUCCAAUCCGUGGACGUGAGCGGCAUCCUCGGACAGGACCAGCUCGGCCCGGUCAUUGAACCCGAAUGUGAUGAAAACGGCCAGUGCAACCCGGAUAGCCCAUUCAGGACGUAUACUGGACACUGCAAUAAUCUCAGGAACCCGAAUUUGGGAAAGAGUUUGACCACGUUCGCGAGAUUGUUGCCUCCAGUUUAUGAAGAUGGUGUCAGCCGUCCCCGCAUCAACUCAGUGACCGGUACUCCGCUGGCGUCACCACGUAUCGUCUCCACUGUGAUCCACCCUGACAUCUCCAACUUGCACACUCGAUACACUCUUAUGGUGAUGCAGUUCGCUCAGUUCGUUGAUCAUGAGCUGACUAUGACCCCUAUUCACAAAGGUUUCCAUGAGUCCAUCCCCGACUGCCGCUCCUGCGAUUCACCGCGCACAGUUCACCCUGAAUGCAACCCCUUCCCUGUACCACGCGGAGACCACUACUACCCUGAAGUCAACGUGACCUCAGGAGAGAGGCUGUGUUUCCCCUUCAUGAGGAGUUUGCCCGGACAGCAGCAACUUGGACCCAGAGAGCAAGUCAACCAAAACACAGCCUUCAUCGACGCUUCAGUGAUCUACGGCGAGAAUCCGUGUAUCGUCCGGAAGCUGCGCGGGUUCAACGGCCGAAUGAACGCCACUCAACAUCCGCUCCUCACCCGCGACCUUCUGCCACGAUCCGACAGCCAUCCUGAGUGCAAGGCCGCUAGCGGAUUCUGCUUCAUCGCUGGUGACGGUCGAGCAUCAGAACAGCCAGGCCUCACAGCCAUCCACACGAUGUGGCUCCGCGAGCACAAUCGCAUCUCCGAAGGCCUGAAGGGCGUCAACCCCCAUUGGGACGCGGAGCUAAUCUUCGAGCACACCAGACGUAUUGUCACUGCGGAACUCACGCAUAUCAUUUAUAAUGAGUUCCUGCCGAGGCUUUUGUCGUGGAACGCUGUCAAUCUUUAUGGAUUGAAGCUGCUGCCUGCUGGAUACUACAAGGAAUACUCCCCCACCUGCAACCCCGCUAUCGUGACGGAGUUCGCCGCGGCGGCGUUCAGGUUCGGCCACUCGCUGCUGAGGCCGCAUCUGCCUCGUCUGUCGCCUACGUACCAGCCCAUGGAACCUCCGAUCUUGCUGCGUGAUGGCUUCUUCAGGACUGACAUGUUCAUGAACCAUGCAGAGAUGGUCGAUGAGCUAAUCCGCGGUAUCGCUUCAACCCCCAUGGAAACCCUCGACCAGUUCAUCACCGGAGAAGUGACCAACCAUCUCUUCGAGGACCGUCGCAUUCCCUUCUCGGGUAUCGAUCUGGUGGCCCUGAACAUCCAAAGAGCGAGAGACCACGGCAUACCCAGCUAUAACAACUACAGAGCGCUUUGCAACUUGAAGAGAGCAGCUACCUUUGAGGACUUGUCGAGGGAGAUUCCUGAUGAAGUUAUUGCAAGACUUAAGAGGAUAUACCCAACCGUGGAUGACAUCGACCUGUUCCCUGGAGGCAUGAGCGAGAGGCCCCUACAAGGAGGUUUAGUAGGCCCCACCUUCGCCUGCAUCAUCGCCAUCCAGUUCAGGCAACUGAGAAAGUGUGACAGAUUCUGGUACGAGAACGACAACAACGCGGCCCGCUUCACCGAACAGCAGCUCUCGGAGAUCCGAAAAGUCACGCUCUCAAAGGUUCUCUGCGAGAACUUCGACCAGAACAGCGACAUCCAGAGGGCUGCCUUCGACCUGCCUAGCAAUUUCUUGAACCCUCGCGUGCCUUGCGGGUCUCUGCCGAAGGUAGACCUUUCUGCUUGGAGGGAAAGUGCGGCGCAGGGCUGUCUCAUCGCGGGCCGGAACGUGGCUGUCGGCGACUCUGCCUUCCCUUCGCCUUGCACGUCAUGCAUCUGUACUUCUGAAGGGGCCCAAUGCGCGUCCCUGCGCAUCACGGACUGCGCACAACUGCUGCGCGAGUGGCCGCGCGAGGCGGUGGCGCGCGACGACGUGUGCGCGGCGCAGUGCGGCGCCGCCGCGCCCCCCUCCCCUGCGCGCGCGCCGCGCCGCCCCCCGCUCAACUUCAAGUUCCCGGAUCUGUCGCCGUUCGUUGCUAAGUGAGGAGUCAGUAGGGGAAGUGAUCGUUCUUUAGACGAAUGAAGUCGAAGGUGAUUUAACCGAAUUGAGAGCUCGCUACGUAAGCGAUUUUUUUUUGACGAAAUGUUUUUUUGUGUUUUCUUAGUGAGAAGCUUUAGUUCUAUCGAUCUAGGCACUUGGUAAAAAAGAACCUCCGUUUGGAAUGUUUUUUUCCGGUACGUCCCGGACGUACAAGUUAAAAUAGUUCAUAGUAAAACGUGACGAUUCGAAGGACGAAUUACGAGGGAUUCUAACCAAAAACAACAACAAAAUUAAGUUUUGACAUAAAAAAUACGCACAAAAAAUCCAGAAUUCGCUAAAAAAAGAUAAUUAAUGUCCUCAACUGUAUCUGUGUUUAAAGAACGAUUACUCAUUUCCACUCUGGUUGUAGCCUAACAUACAGUCGCUAUCAGAUAUAUCGGUGCGGCCGAGGUGCUCAAAAAUAUCUGAACAUACACUCUAGGGCUGAUUUGGACGGCGCGCGAACUCGCAUACGAUUUUACUUACAUUGCGGACUAUUGGUUACGUCCGAUUCAACCGACCGAUCAAAAACCGCAAUGUAAUGAAACUCGCAUGCGACUUAUCGCACCGUCUAAAUGAGACCUAACGCUGUUCAGAUUCAGAGGAGCUACCGCGAAAACCGGAAUUCGCAAAUUGCGGGGAUCUUUCUCUUUUGCUUCAAUGAAGGCGUAAUUAGAGUGACAGAGAAAAAUGCCCGCAAUUUGCGAACUUCGAUUUUCGCGGUUAUAGGCCAGAUGUUUCUGAGCAAGCCGAAAGCGGAUUUCCUUUUACAUUCAGUUAGCAACAGAAAUAACUAAGCGACAUGAUCGUUUACAUGUUUUUUUCUCUUGUUGACUGUACUUUCAUAAAAAAAAAUACUAGACAGGUCUAGAAUCUGUUUGACAGUGAAUGUUUUCGGUAUGUAAAGUGGACAUUUUAAUUCUUAGACCUCAAAUGGUAAAUAUUACGAAAAUAUAUUGCUCAAAUAUAUUGAACAAGAAGAUUAAAAAAUAUGGUAAAAUUAAUUAUCCGUCUAUAACGGAGUUGGUGAUUAAUUUAAAUAUGAUUAAGUGCCGGGAAUAUCAAUAUACGUAAUAGUUUAUGCAACUGUUACUUAAUAAUGGGAUUAAAACACGAGUGUGAUUUAAUGUGAUUGACCGUUUAAACGCCAAAUGAUAAACGGUUGCAUAAUAAGUAAUUUAUCUACGGACAUAUGAAAAACCUUCUGUUUUAAUUUUUAAAUAGCAUCGCAACGGUUUUAUGUUAUGGGCGUAGAUAAAAAUAAAUUAAAAUGAGUCCCACUUUUAAAUUAUUAUUUAAAUGUAGGGAUUAGAAAUAAAAUACUUUUCCAGUCUAUACCUUCCCUUGUGUAUUGUAGACUUGCAGAAUUAUAUACUCCUUGUUUAAGUUUAUUAUAACAAAUAAUUAUGUAAAGUGUAUUCAUCCUUACUUGUCCUAUCGCGUAAACAAACACUUCUCGAAGACAUUAUCACACUUUUCUCUAGAAUUACACAAUAAUCAUCACUUAAAAUGUUGUGUACUUAAAGAAACUCCCAAAGUAUUGAAAUAAACCAAAUAAUCACCGAGAAACCUCAUUUCUAGUAAAAUUUUCAUCAAUAAUCGCAGUAACGAACGGAUAACCUCAAAAACAUCUGACAUUACGAUGUCUAGAUUGUCUAUGAAUCGUAUUGUUGGAAUGACACUUUGACGUCACGUUUGUUUACAUGAUAAGACACGUGAGGAUGAAUAGACUAUAGUUAAAUAUGUAUAAUAAAUAGUUACUAUUUAUUAGUCUAAUUUAGGGUAUUGUUAAGAUCUGUACAUUGUUUAAGACACUUCGUUGCAAUGCAAUAAUGUGGCUUUAACAAAACUGUUUCAUAAAGUACCAAAUUACAUUUUUUAUAAUUUUAUACUCUUACGAAAUAAAAUUCUUUUUAAUUAUAGUUAAGCAUUUAUGGCCAUCGUUAGCUUUAAUUUUGAUGUGGCGAAAACAAAAUUAGGUUAAGUAUAUUGACAUAAUGAAUACACCCAGUUGUUCUAAAAAUACAAAUUGACAUGCACUAAAUGUUACAUGUUACCAAGAUGUACAAUAACUCAGAUGUGCAAGUUGCGGCAAGUUUCCAAAAUAUUGGAAACAUUAUCGGAAAUUUCAGGAAAUUUUCAGAGAAAAUGAUGGAUUUCAUUUUGGAUAUGGAAAAUUCCGAGACCCAUACAAAAAUACGAGAUGUUUCCGAAAUUUAUCCAUUUGGAAAUUUCGCUAUUUUGGAAACUUUCCGACGGCAAAUCUAUAACUGAGUAUAAAAAUCAAAUAGUUACCUUAAACUUGUUUAAUUUACCGAUAUGUGCUGUUCUAGUUGUAUAAGUUAUUAAAACAGUUUUCAACAUAUUUUGUCACUGCCUAAAGGCCUGUGCACACCGGCUGCGUUUGCGUAGACGUGUGCGUGCGCGUUGUAAUAUAUAGAUACUUAUGAGAGACGGCACACCUCUUGCGUGACGUUUUAGUGCACGCGCACGUGCACGUCUAGGCACACGCAUCCGAUGUGCACAGGCCUAAAAAUGUACUUGUAUAAAUUAUUGUAAAAAACAUUGGCCGAAAUCAAGGUGUAAAAUAGUUAUAACUAGCUAUAGGAACACAAAUCUCAUCUAGUGACAAAACAAGUAAACGAAUAUUUUGUUUUAAAAA